UUGAAGUGAUCGCGUCAUGUGAACAGUUCUGGUGUCCUCUUUUUUAAAUAAGUUUUAUUUAUUUUUAUCUGGAGUUUUAUUAUUUUGAACAACCAUGGCUAAUCGUAGACGCGGAACUUUCUCUUUACCCGAAGAACUGAAGACGAACGAACGUUUAUCUACCAAAAAGGAGCUCGCACAAAGGAAAAGCCUUCCACCGUGUCCCUACGUUCCUGUCAAACCGCGAAAGGUUUCAUUUAAUCCGAAUGAAAAACCAAAACCUCUAUUUUUUACCAAAUGUGUGGAACUAAGUCCACUGUACGAUGUGGAUAUGAAACAGUCGUCUUACAUAGAGCAGUGCUUUUACGGGUUGGCUCCUAUAGGUGAAGGCAGUUUUGGCAAAGUAUAUCGUACACGUAGUCGGGAAGAUGAUGAACUUUAUGCUAUUAAACGACAGAAACCUACCAUAAGCUUAAAAGAUAUUUAUGCUGAAGUACGUAACAAUGAGAAGAUCGAAAUACAUCCUAACUGUGCACAGUUUUAUAUGGCUUGGGAGGAAGCUGGCGAAGUUUUCCUCGUAUUGGAGUAUUGCGACAUUAGUUUGGCUGAUUACGCAAACGUAAACAGUGACAUUCCAGAAUCGUUGCUAUGGGAUGUUCUGUUUGACAUUUGCCAAGGGUUGAAUUACUUACACCAGAAACGUUUGAUACACCUCGAUGUAAAACCUGGGAACAUUAUGAUGAGGAGGGGCACUUACAAGCUUUGCGACUUUGGCACUCUUGUUGAUCUGAAUAUGCCCCCAAUAGUGCGGAAAUCUACAUUGUCAGAUGGCGAUGCCAAGUAUUUGGCUUUAGAAGUUCUUGAUGGAGUUUACCAGACAAGCUGUGAUAUCUUCGGGCUAGGUAUUAGCCUUUUGGAACUAGCUGCUGAUUUAGAGUUACCCAGUCAUGGUCCUUUGUGGCAACAGUUAAGGCGUGACGUCCUACCUCUUAGGUUCUAUGACAAAGUGUCGUUGGGUCUGAAGAUUGUUAUUGAGAGAAUGCUCGAUUCUAAGUAUGCUAACAGACCCAGUGCUGCGAAGAUCCUAAAAUUUGCCACUCUAAAAAUAAUCGCUAAACGAGAUAAGACCCAGCCACGUAUCGAUUAUGCAAAUCCCUAUAGAGACCCUGUGACAGGUAUUGUGGAAAUACCUCUACAAUUGGCAGCUAAUACCAUUAACAAUAAUAACAACUUUGAAAAUAUCAUAGACACUCCUCGUUGUGCUAAUAACAUCCGUUGCCUUUCAGCCAAUACCAAUUGCACCUCUGUAUGUGGUAGAGUUCGCGAUAGAGAACAAGGCCCAAGUCGCACCUUAGGUCGUAAGUCUCUAUUCAAGUUGCUGGUAGACGACCCAGAGGCAACAGAAAAUCAUAGAUUAGAGAACUCUGACAGCACCCUUGCGUAUGACCUUGACUGUACCAUGGAUGUGGACACACCAGAAAAAGAAAUGAACAGAACAGCCGAGUUGGAUCGUGAAAAUAUAAUGAUAACAUCUACUCCAAAUUUCAAGCUGGGCCGUAAGAUGCCCAAGUCCAAAUUAAUCUUCGAGUAACUGCUUUGUUUAGGCGAGUCUUUCUUAUGAUCUCUGGUCAGUGUGAUACCAAAAGGAAGUACUUAUCACGCUCGAUCCCACUCUAUGACUAGAAAGACUGUUAUUAUAUAGUAUAUUGUUUUGUUUUUUAUUUAUUUAUUUUUGAUGUGUACUCGAAUGUUGCAUAUUGAGAGUAAUUGUCAGAAGUUUAUUAACGGUUAAGAAAAGAUUGUUUUUGUUGUUUUUUAAGCACAUAGCAGUUUAUUAGCAGAGGACUUUCGUUUGGAAUCACUUAAACAGGGCUCUUAUUUUUGUUUUAUCCCUAUAUGUACAUAUAUAUUUUUGUAAUUUUACUUAAUAUUUUGUUGUUCCAAACACAAAAUGGAGAAUGUUUUAUAAAAUUGUUUUACUGGAUAAAUGGUUUUUACAAAGCCUGUACUGUUGAUUCCACGCGAGCCCUUGAAAGAAUGUUGUUUACGGUAGUUAUGAUACCGUCCAUUUUUAUUUGCUUGUUUAUCUCGGUAUUAUAAAUAUCGUGUGAUUACUAAGGUGUUUUGCAUUUGCAGGUAGUAUCAUGAAUUAUUUUAUAUGUAAUUCUAAAAAUAGCAGUUGACGUGUUGCCUGCAUUUGCAACCAGCCUUUCAACUGCUGUGAGACUUGUUUAUUUUUCGUUACUAUGCAAUAUUAAGGUGCUGCAAGAUGUUCCUUCUUUAACGUAACUUUUGUGAUUGCAAACUUCGAAUAUUACCAAGUAAUAUUCAAUGUUAAAGUUAAGUUCUACCAAGGCUUAGCCUUUUUCAAUUAUGUAGCUUUAAGAAUUGCAAUAUCGUAGCUCCUUCGAUUGGAACCACCGGCCCGGCAUCUAACACUUUUAUAUAAACAGUAUUCAAUAUCUGAUGCAUUUGUGUGUAACGUCAUUAUUUGUAAACAGUAUUGUUCCAUUUUUUAUGACUGUAAUAGGUUUGUUUGGGUGGUUUUGUUUUGUGAUUUUUACUUUUAGUCAUAGUAUUAUGUUAGCAUUAUUAUAAAGAUAUAUUUUAUAACUAGUUCUGAAACUUUAAUAAAACGUU